AUGAACCGGAAGAAACUUUUGGAUGCAGCCAGGGGUGUUGUCAAUGGCAGCGUAGGUGCAAGGAAGAAAGAUUCUCCUGAUAGGGUAUCUGAUGCUGCUACACAGAGCCGUUCCCUUCGCUGUUUCCCCCUUCAGCAGCAGCACGUCGAAGAAGCUUUUACUACUUCCACCCCUGGCCAAUUCCAUUCAUUGCUAUGCGAGAAAAUCAGAAAAGCAAAAACUCGCGUGUCGCUCGCAUCGCUUUAUGUGGGUCCAGCCGCAUCUCCCACUGCAACUCCACGAGAGCAAGACUUCCUGGACGCUCUUGAAAUCGCUGCGGCAAAACCACAAGUUCAAGUGAACUUGAUUCUGGAUAAAAACAGAGCGUUGAGGCCAGUGCCACUCUCGGCAGAUGCCAAUGCAGCAACCACUUCGUCGGCUCAGGCUGUCUUCGUGGCGCUCACAGCUGGCGGUAAUCAUGGGGACAAAAAUAAUAAUCUGGCGCCAGAGGCUGGCGCCAACAACUUGUUCUUGGCUUCCGUUUUGUCACCAUCAAUGCAGUACAUUCUCCCUAACCCCUUCAAUGAAGUGGCAGGUGUCUUUCACAUGAAAGCUUAUCUCAUAGACGAUGAACUGAUUAUUUCAGGGGCGAAUCUGAGCGAGGAAUACUUUGUGGAUCGGCACGAUCGCUAUUUACACUUCACCAAAGGAGGAGCUGGUCUCGUUGAUUUUUACCACGAGCUUAUACAAAUAUUGUGCGACCAUGCAGAUGUCUAUUCAGGGGAAAAUUCCUCUGUGACGCCAAAUAAUAUGCGACAACCCACAACUAAAACACAAUUUGUGCAAGCUCUCAACGAAUUUCUAACAAUUCCCAAAGAAAAUGACACGGAUGAACCUCAGGAUGACUUCAUGAACAACAACAGCAAGAGCAAAACGGUGGCUGUAGUAGUCCCCACAUUCCAGGCACCCGAAUCCUUCUUUUCUGGAUCAACUACUCAAAGAGGGUUCCCUGAUGACAUUGAAGUGACUCGGUCACUCUUGGAAUGUGCCCUGGAACAACAAAAGCUUCAAGACAAAAAUAGCACAUCUGAGACAGUCGUUCGACUCUCCAGUGCCUAUCUGAAUCCAACAGACAACCUGCUAAAGGUCCUUGCUGAAUUCUCGCACAUUGAGUUCUUGACUGCAGGACGGACUUCCCAUGGGUUUGCUCCAAAGAAAAAAGCAGGUAAUAAAGGCAAGGAUUGGAUCCCUACUGUGUUUGAGACCUUGUCCCGGGAUGCAUGCCAACAUCUCGAGGCGGCCAAGCUGUUAUAUUACGAGCGACCAGGAUGGACGUUUCAUGCCAAGGGGCUCUGGUUGGAAGAGGGGAAAAUGACACAUGGAGCGAAGACAUCAGUUGUCGCUGCCAUUUGUGGCUCGGGCAACUAUGGGGCACGUUCUGAGACUCUGGAUGUGGAAAGUAACUGCGUGCUCAUUAUCCCAUCUGGUUCUCCCUUGCAACAACCGCUGAAACAAGAAUGGACCAACAUGCUCGAGUACACUUCGGAACCUCCCCUUUCCUCCAUUGGAGCAGGGAAAGCAGAUAGUACGUCUGGAAAACGUGUGAAGGAAGGUAACAGUGAGGCGCCUCUGUCGUGGCCCUUGCAAGUCUGCUUGCCUAUUCUUCGCAAGUUCUUGUGA